ACAACGCUACGAGCUCGUACCAAAUAAAAGCAGACAACACCUCCUACUCAUUUUUUCGGAGCUGACUUUGAAAUAGGUUUUGGGUCAGGCUUGUUUGGUAUUCACGGUAUUCCACUUGGAUAACUGACCAAUAGAGCCAGCACCGUACCAUGGCUGCGGGUCGCACUAUGCCCAUUCGGGAGCUUACCUUGUUCAAUAACGGGUACGGUGUGUUCGAAAGGCAAACUAGCGUCUCCGGCCGCGGCAACAUUGACCUGUUGUUCAGGGAUGGUGAAAUCCAGGACGUUCUGCAAUCUCUGUGCUUCACCGGUGGUAGUCAUGAUGUUGGCAACAUCUCGUACGAGUCUACCAAGCCACAGCCAAGCAUUCGCCUCGAUGACAGCACACCACUGGUGUCGCUCUUGCACUCCCUGAGAGGAAGUCAUGUUGCUCUACUUGUAAGAGAUGACAAGGCCGAAGAAGGAAGCAAGGAAACUACCGAAGUGGCUGGUCAGAUCUUAGGUGUGGACUCCAAGCUGUUUGGGAAAGUGGAAGGUUACUUUUUAACCAUGUUGGUGAGUGAAGGCUGCGUUCUGAAAACGAUUCCUCUGUCAGAAAUCAUGGCGACUAAGUUGCUGGAAGGUAACACAAAGGAGGAUCUGCAGCACGCACUGGACCAUGCUCAGACUGAAAAGAAGCCGGACAUGCAGAAGCUGACGAUCUUCUACAAAGGCGCCACCAAAAAGAAUCCACUCACUGUAAAAUAUGGACUUCAUGUUGCCGAGUGGAAAAGUUCGUAUCGGCUUAUGUUCCUUGACGAGAGUGGUCGAUUCCGCCUGGAUGGUCUGGCCAUCGUCAAGAAUACGCAGGAAGAAGACUGGAAUGACAUUGGUCUCACUCUAGUUGUUGGCAAUCCCAAGAUUGUGCAAGCCAGCAGCAGCAAGAAGGGUGGAGCGAGUUCAGCAGGAAGAAUGUCACUGGAAAUCCGACCAGUGGAAGGUCGUGGUGGCUCAUACAGUGUCAACGUUCAUCCUGGAGAUUCGAUCUUUGCCUUGAAACAGGAGAUAACCCGUCUGAAAGGCAUUCCCGUGUUUGAGCAGCGUUUGAUUUAUGCCGGCAAGGAAGUUGGAGAUGGACGCUCGCUUGCCGAUUACAACAUCACAAGUGGCUCCUGUCUGCGUCUGGAUCGGAGAGCAACUAAACAUGCCACUGCCAGUUCGGAGUAUGACUCAGAGAUGAUGAAGCGCAAGUUCAUUAUGGCACAGCAGGAUGGACUGUCCUACUACCCGAUCAAGAGCUCUGUCAGUGCCAAGCGUAACCAGACGGCCAUUGUGCCGCUCAUGCAGGCUGAGCUUGAGGGGCAGCUGGUCACUAUCUACGACGACUCUGUCAGGAAGGGAAAUCCCCUGGCAGCUGUCCUCUUCGAGAACACCACUGGACUAACACUGGAGCAGGGUACUCUGCAGGUUAUGAACGAGAAGAUAUUCCUGGGAGAAGGCUCGUUGCCUGGUCUUGGAAUUGGCGAUGAGAGUGCUCCGAUACCGUAUGCUGUGGAGAUGGGUGUGGAAGUGUCUAUUUCUCACGUACAAAAGCGACAUCACGCACAUGAGGUCAAGAUGCACGACGGGUCAAUCUUCCUGUACUACUACCGCCAGCAAACUUCCAAGUACAGCAUCAAGAAUAUGACAGCUCGCAAGCUUGACUUUAUGCUCAACCACACGUUCCUGGAUGCGUGGGAGCUGUAUGACCAUGAGGAUGAGGGCGUCCAGCCCGUGGAUAUUACAGACCGCGUGUACCGGUUCCGUUUUGACGUACCGGCUCGUACGGAGAAAGAAGGCUCUGGUGCGCAGGCGACGGAAAUGGAGUUCCCUGUCCGCGAGCAGAUCAUUUCGGUCAAGAACAUCAACAUUGGUAGUAUGUCACGGGAAGAGCUGACCACUCUCGUUUCAAAGGGCACCGUCCCAGAAGGCGACCCAAUUAUCGGGCAGUUGGAGGAGACAAUGAAGCUCAGAGAUCGCUACGACACAUUCCUUAGGAUGAUUAACGAGAAGGAGGCAGAGCUGAGAGAAGUCAAGGACGCUCAGAGCAGACUGCGCGAGCACAUCCGCUCGCUCACCCACUUCGAGAGGGAAUCAAAGCGCUAUGUGAAGAGCUUAGCUGAUGAAGAGGACAAGCUGACUGGCAUUGAUGCUGAGAUCAAGGCUCUCAAGAAUGACAAGAAAGCAGAGAAGCGCCGUCAUGUCCAGAAAAUCGACUCCGUCAAGUACCACCGCAAGGAUAUACCCGCGCCACGCGCCAAAUAGAUUUCGAAAGCGCACGCUAAGUGCUUCUUUCCGAUUGCCCCUGACUGUAUGCAAACCUGGGUUGCCACUGUGAAGCCGUGCAGACCUCUUUUCAGAGCAGUUCUGCAUUUUAGAAGUGGCGGUGUUUACAUCCAUCCACAAGUUAUUGUGUUUUUACUCAGAAAAGAAAAUUCAUUUUUGAUUCACUGCAUUGUUUUGCUUCUAUUACCCUUCCCGUUUGCAUGUUUCCCGCAAACCGAUGAAUAUUUUUAUUACGCUGCCAACCUUUUCCAUGUUCACUUGGCUGAAGGCUUAUACUAGUUGCAGUGGCAAAGCUUGCUGUUUUUUUGACUUUUGGAUGAUCCUAUUUUCUAGCACAUUUUGAUAAAAUAUUAUCUUAACGAUUUCAUCAUAAAACCCUGUGUAAUAUCAGCACUGGUCGACUGUA